AUGCCGUUUGUUGCUAAAAGUUUUAAAAAGGCUUACAAUUUACAUGUAGAAUCAUUUAAAUAAGCACUCGAAUCUAUUGCAAGAUAGAGUAUAGGAGUCAAGUAAUUAAAACUUAGAACAAAAUCAAAAAAAAAUAUUGGAAAAACUAGUUUAAAAGCAUAUGUUCUAGAAUAUCUGUUAAAUAAAAAAUAAGCUAUGAGGAAUCCUGUUGAAAUCCAAGAUAAAAGUGAACAUAUUAAUAAUGAAAUCAUCUAGAAGUUAUUGCCCAUUUUAAUUUUAAUAAAUCUAUUGAGUAUUUGA